AUGGCCCGCCCCUCCCGAAAAGCUGAUCAACAAGUCGCCCAGCUUGGGUUAGCUGACUCCAGUGCGUCGACUAGUGAUUCUGAUGGUGACGACAGCGAUCUGCAAAGUCCUCUUAGUAUAGAGGCCAAGAUAGCACACGCGCACGGCGGUAAGUCUCUCAAGUCUGGGAAAGAAGCUAAGAUAACAAGCACCGUCUUGUAUCCGCAGUCAUGGCCACAUUGUUAUCUCAGUAUUACUCACGGUCGCCGCGACGUCAAAUACGAGGAGCUUAAACUCAAAGAAUUCGUUGCCGGUUAUGGCCAGAUCCUCUUGUCCCCAGAUUUAUCUGAGGUGGAACGUUCUUCCCGUCUUAAACAUCUGGUUUCGCUAAUGUAUUUUUCCCAGCUUUACGAAUGGCAGGCUGUAUUGAGUUUUCACGGCGCAGUUCUGUUAGAGAUCGAACGUGGAUUGCUCCAAUAG